UCACUCGCAGGAGAUAAACACUGCACAGGCUCUCAUGCUAGCCAACCAGAGGAUGUCAAGGUUCAAAGACGAGAAACAGUACUACCUGGUCAAGCUCUACCCUGACACAUGGUACAAGGAACUAAAAAACAAAGUCAAGGAGAGUAUUGAGCAGAUGCAGUUCCAGCUGUCCAAGCUGAGGACGGAGGUUGAGGUACUGGAGCUCACCAGUCAGUAU